AACUUUUUGUUGUGGUCGAGUCAAACCCAGAGGACGAGGGGAACGACACGGCGCCCGCGCCCGCGCCUCCGUCUCCUCCGCUCGUCGUCGCCGUCCGGUCUAGCUGCGAGAUGGCGGCGGCGGUGGACCUGGAGGACGCGUUCGGCGCGGUCUUCGGCGAAGCCAAGCCGGAGGGCCACCCCACCGCGCGCCCCAUCCUCUUCCGCGCCCACGCCCGCUCCGCCGCCACCCUCCGCGUCGUCGCCACCGACUGCCACUCCCUCGCCUGGGGCUGCUCCCUCUCGGUCUCCGACCUCGACGACCUCAGAGACGAUGUUGGAAUCGGGGGCUCCUGGGUCGACUUCCUGGAUUACCUCAAGUCCUCCUUGUCCUCCGGCGAGGUGAAGCUGCUCUUCGCCGGCGACCAACUCCGCAAGUCAACCGGUUCUGAUGGUGCAAAGCUUGUGGCUACCAAGGCAAAGGGCCUGCCUCUCAUCACCAUUUCUCUCCAUAGUGUUACUGGCGCUGUGACGAGUGAUGUCAUAGCCGAGUUCUCGCUAGGGCUCUAUGGAGCUUAUAGGACUGCACGGGAGCUUGUAUCCAAAGAACAAGAACAAAUGUCACAGCUGAUGGGGAGUCUGUCAACUGAAAGAGAAAAGAACGAAAUCAUGCAAAAACAACUCGAAUCUCUUUCUUUCCUAGACAAAAGAAAGGCAACAAAGCCAAAGCUGUUGGCUGAUCAGGUUCCAAGUGUGUCUGCUGUGACUCUGGGCUCUGAUCAAGUUACAGCUCCUGUGCAGCAGCAAAUAUCAGUACCUUCACCUAGUAAAGCCCCUCCAGCUAAAGUCACGAAGAGGGUAGCCCCCACGUCUCGGAGGGCAAGGGUGCGAGGAGCUGUGCUGCAAGAUAAUGAGGAUGAGGAUGACAACUGACAAAGAGUUAGAGAUGCUGAUAUCUUGGUUUAAGUUUGCUAUAUGUGAACUUACAAAGAGUGACUUGUGGUUAGUCAGUUUUCUGGCUGUUUUGACUCGUCUCAAACUUGUGGAAAUGAAAUUAAUUGCAGUUCAUGGCAUGAAA